ACAGUGCCUGUGGACGGUAUGUACAAGAGGUAUCUGUAUGGCGAUGGUCCUAGCCCCACCCAGGGGCCAGAAGAAUCCAAACCGGAGAAACGACAGGAGCAAGUUGGGCAGUCUCAUGAAGAUAUUGUGAGAGAAUCUGUUAGAAAAUGCUGGGAAAGAGCUGAAGUGUCAUGUGAGAGAGUUAAGGAACUGAAUGUACCGACCACACAGGAGUCUGGUUGUAAUGCAAGAAAUGUUUCUUCAUGGAAGACAAUCAGGGUUUUCGUCUCUUCAACAUUCACUGAUUUCUUCAACGAAAGAGAAGUUCUGGUCAAAAAGGUAUUUCCAGAGCUACGAGAAUGGUGUGAGGAACGUUCUCUCUAUUUGGUGGAGUGUGACCUACGCUGGGGAGUACCGAAGGACUCAACGACCUCUGACACAAUUUCCACCUGUAUGGAGGAGAUUGAUCGAUGUCAUUCAGAAAAUGAAGGAACCCCAUUUUUUAUCAAUCUUACAGGUGAAAGAUAUGGCUGGAUUCCCUCUAAGGAAGAAGUUCCGUCAGAAGUCCGUCGUCAGUAUGACUGGAUCAAUGACACAUCUAUAACCUUCAUGGAGGUCAUGCAUGGCGCUUACAGGAAACGGAAUCCAAAUGCUGUCUUUUUCUUUCGUAAUGGUGACUUCUGUAAAGAUCUCCCAAAGGAAUAUCAGGGAAGAUUCACUGACCUGGAGCCAGUCAAACAGGAACAUCUUAGAGUUCUGAAAGAGAAGUUAAGAGCCAGAUUUCCAGAUCAGGUUUUCCCCUACUCUUGUCAAGUGGAAGGUGUGUCUGAGGAAUCUGGAAGACAGAGGGUGAAGCUUAAAGGAUUGGAGGAUUUCGCAGAAAAGGCACAAGAUUUUCUACGAAAGGCCAUUAUUCAUACUUACCCUGAUCAGAAGGCUGUAAAAAAUCCAGACCCAGAGGUGCAAGAGUUUGAAAAUCAUCGGCUUUACAUGGAGAAAAAGUCGGAGUUUGUUGUGGGUCGAGAAGAACUUCUGCGAGUGAUGAUGAGUUAUGCUAAGGGAGACAUUAUGGAUGGAUUACAGCUGUCAGGUGGAAAUGAAAAAUCAUUUGUCAGAGAUCCAACUUACUGGGGAUUAGAUAAGGGAGAUAAUCCUGUCUUGUGUCUGAGUGGACCUGUAGGUUACGGCAAGUCGACAGUGAUGGCCAGACUUGUACAAAAUGCAUUGAAGUCUGGAAUUCUUGUGAUCUACCAUUUUGUUGGAUGUUCUGCUGAUAGUCGACAGACUGAGAAGAUGUAUCAACGGAUCGUCAAAGCCAUUACUGGAGAGAAACUUGAUGACAUGCCUCCAGAGGAACAGGAUUGUAUGCAGUUUUACAAGGAUAAGUUCCGUAACUCGCUGCCUCGACUGAGAGAAGAAGACCGGGAUGUUCUAGUAGUCAUCGAUGCCAUCAAUGAAUUAGUAGAUUACAAUGUAUACAAUCACCUGUCAUGGCUGCCCCCAAUGCUCCCUAGGAAGAUUCGCUGUAUUGUCAGUACAGCAGACACUCACUUUCCAACCCUACACAGACUACAGGAACAUCCAUUUUACCAUAUGACAAUGACUCCCCUUACUGUGGACGAUGCUCGCCUCAUCAUUACCCAAAGACUGGGUAGAUUUAACAAGACACUUGCUUCAGAUGAAAUAGACGAGGUCUUGUCCCAAGAGUGUGUACACAACCCCUUGUGGGUGUGGCUUAUUACAGAGGAGCUACGCAUGUUCGGAGAUUUUCGGACAUUGUCCAGUAAAAUUAAAAGUGUGUCAGAGUCGGUCAGCAGUCUACUCUCAUCGAUCAUCAAAAGGCUUAUCUCUGAUGAUGAAACUGGAAGUAUGGAAAAGGUGCUUUGUGUUAUCGCUUGUUCGCGGGGCGGAGUACCAAUAAAUGAUCUGACAAACCUCUUGGGUGACAUCGAACAGAAAGAGGCACUCCCAGCUUUGUACUGGGCAAAGAUACGACGUCACCUCAAACACUACAUACGCACUGUGGGUACACGUGAAUAUUUCACUUACAGCCAUUCUGCCAUACAAAAAGCUGUAGAGGAUACCCUAUUGACCUCUAGAGAUGAUAUUAAAGCUUACCACAAGUUACUGGCGGAAUAUUACCUCACCUGGAGUACAGAUAAAUAUAUCAACAUGGAGACUGUACCGUAUCAUUAUACUCAAGCAGGACUCAAAAACAGACUGGUGAAUUUUCUACGCAAAUCUCCUGAUUCUAGAAAUAUGCCAGAUUUUGUCAGAGCACAGUAUUUACAGAACCUGCGAUGCAAGAACCUGGCUGACCCUGUGUUGCCCAAUACCAUGAGCACUGUCUUGUGUAUGGCCUGCUCAAUAAAGAAAUCAGCUUUUGCUCCACAAUUCUACGACAAUAAGUCUUCCUGUGUUGUUUGUGGAUCACACAUCUUCGGAAGCCAAAUUGGGAAAAAGCUUGUCCUAGCUCAUUAUUGUGGUUUUCACUCAGUUGGACACAGCUCAAGGAUGGGAAAAUGCCAUGUUUGUAAAAAUGUUGUGGGAAAAGACCCAGACGGAACACAGAAAUUUGGAACAGUGUACGGAAAGUUAUGUAAUAGAUGUAGUUUUGGAAAUGAUGCCAAAAAAUGUUGUAUGAUCCUGUCUGAUUGAUGU